ACCAUCGACCAUCGAAAUGAAUCUUAAAUCAGUGACCAUCGUUUGUGCUCUUCUGCUGGCGCUGUGUCUGAGCCAUGUCCUGGCCGCCGUGACCACCGUGCGUCCUUACAAGUUUGGCUUCACCAUCGACGAGCAGCAGCAUCGGGCAGAGCAGAGAGAUGAACGAGGCAUUGUCAUGGGCGAGUUUGGGUUCAUCACCGCCGAUGGUAUUUAUCAUGUGACGGUCUAUGCCACCGACGAAGAGGGCAAGUUUCACAUCUUGUCGAUGAAGAGUUAUCCCUAUGCAGGACCCAUCGCACCCAAGACCGUAGCUGCCACCGCCACCAGCACACCAAGAGCCCCGCAGCCGUCAGCUUUGCCCAAGUACAACUUCAACACGGAGGCCUGCUCGGGGUGCUUCCUGAAGAAGUCGCCAGCGUCGGGCAGUCCCAAAACUGAGAUUCGCACGCUCUCACAGCCGCUGGCACCGUCUUCGUCCGCCUUUCCGCUGGCUUCCGGACCCGAAGAUAUACCAACGCAGACCGGACUUUCUGGAGCAGGCGCUGUUCGACCAACCGGAAAUGCUUUCCCAACGAAGAUUGGUGGAAACCCUGCCGUUGAAGGCGGAAGCUCUGCUGGAAGCCUUCCUCAAGGAAAUGCAGGUAAUAGAGGCGUAUCUGGUUCACGACUGGGUGGCGCAUCAGGUGCCGCAUUCCCUCAGGGAAAUGCAGGAAAUGGAGGUGUAUCUGGUACACCACAGAGUGCAGCAUCAGGUGGAAGCUUCCCGAGUGGAUCUCCGUCAUUUGGAGGAGUAUCUGGAGGCGCUGUGACGACUGCAAGUCGCCCAGCUGGAUCAGCAGCUGGCGGUGCAGUAACAGGUGGAAGCUUACCAGGAGGAUCCUUUCCACAUGGGGGUUCUUCAAGUGGUAGUGGGGCUGCAGGAGCAGUAUACCGUGGAAGCGGACCAGGUGGAAGCGGUUCUGCUGCCAGUGCAUCGGGUGAAGUGGGAGAUCUGUACAAAUUCAAGUACAUUCUGGACUACAACGGGCACGAGGAAAAGGGCAGUCGGAAUGGCGACAAAGAGGGAAAUUACUUUGCCAUCGGCGAGGAUGCCGUGCGACGGACCGUCGAGUACAUAGCGAACGAGUUUGGCUUCCAGCCGCACAUCAGUUGGCAGAAACUGGAUGACAAGAACGUGCUGCCAGAGGGCAACAGCCUGAAGCACUACGAGUUCAAGUGGUUCAAGGAAGCGCAGUGAACUUCCCAGUGAUACCAGCAAUUAGUCCGAUUUCGAGUGUAGAUUCUUGUCCCACUUGCUGUAAAUAACAAUUUGAUCAUUUGUCGAA